CUUCAAGAUUCUGCAAAUCAUCUCGGUGCAUCUUCUGCCGACAACUAGUUCGAUAUGGAAUGGCCAUUGCUUCCCAUGCAUUACAAAAGGAGACGGUGAGAACGAGCACUUGAGGAGGAAGAGAAAUGAUGAACCAGCCACUUGUACUUCACCAUCAUGCUUGCUUUCAAGGCUAUCCUUGUGGCGCUCUUACAAAUUUCUUCUGCCUCGCUAGGUACAUCAAGAUCAACAUCAAAACCAUGUCGAAGCGUGGCUCCGUCAUUUUGGCCAGAUGGAAUUGCUGUAGACACAAGUUACAAAGCCAAGACAUCCAAGCUCAGCAGGUUCACCCUCAACUCAAGAUCCCGCGUUGCCACAGUCGACUACGGGACUGAACGUGCUGGGUUACCCUUCUUUGAGGUCGUCGAGCUGGAGAAGCCAGUCCAAGUGGAGCUGAGGUUCAGUGAGGCUUUCAUUUACCUCAAAGAGCCGUGGUCAGAUGGGCCCUAUCUUUUUAACACGGGUCAGGCAAACAGCUUUCGAGUCGAAACAUUCAACAUCACACAACCAGGUUGUUACAAAUCAAGAUUCGUUCAGGGAGGGCAACGAUGGCAAGCCCUUCGACUCUUGACUGACAGUUCUGUAACUAUGAGAAACGUGGGGCUUGAGUCGACCAUCAACACAGUUGAAGUUCGAGACCUUCCCGGUGCCUUCUCCUGCAGUGAUAACAUUUUGAAUGACAUCUGGAAGCUUGGUGCUCGGGCAACGAUUGAUUCGUGUUUAGGAAAGUCCACGCAACCAGCAGUAUGGCAGAUUGAUCCCAACAACGGUGCAUAUGUUGCCAAUCAACGCCCAGCAAUGACCAUUGAAGGCCAUUCUUUCACUAACUAUACACUGGAGUUCGAUGCUUUCAUCGACCGAGGUGGAUUCUGGUGGGCAGUGGCGCAACCGUUGGCAUUAGAUGGCCUCCACAUUCAGUUAACGGGAGAAAUGCCUUCCAGGUCGUCCUUCGCCAACACCAACAACACUGUGACGCCCCCAAACACUCUGCUCCUAGCAAGUGGGUUUGGAUUUGUCAACCAGACCACUUUGCCAUCUUAUAUCUUGGCUUCGACCAAGAUUCCAUUCUCGGUGAAGGAAAAGACCUGGUACCGCAUCAAGACAGUGCUUGGUGGAGAAGGAAAGCUAGAGAUUUCAGUUGAUGGACGAGAAGUUCUAAAAGUCAACUUGACAAAUUAUGCCCCUGGAGGAAAACCUGUAUCUACAACUGGGCCUUUCGGCUUUGGUGCUUGGCAAGACCAAGCAGCAUAUUUCCGGAAUGCCAUUGCCUACGACACUGCGAACAAAUCUGUGAUAUACAGGAACCCGUUGACCAGCCCAGAAACACUAGUUGAAUAUGGGACGCAAGAAAACCUGGGUACUGUUUGUCUUGAUGGCCCGAAAAGAGAUCGCCUUGUUUGGUUGGGCGAUUUCUACCAUACGUCUCGCAUCAUCGGGGCCAGUACGGGUGGAUUCAAUUAUACCAGAGGUACUUUCGACUUUUUGCUGCAAACUCAAAUCCGGAGUGGGCAAAUAGCAAUAGCCCCCUAUCUUGGGUACGACCCUACCAAAACUGGGACUCUUUCGCUAGAAAGAGUCUACGGUCUGGACGAUUAUCAGCUUUUGGGCUUCCUUGCAUUCGCCCACUACAUCCGGCAGACGAACGACCUCCAAUACGCGAGGAAGACUUGGUCCCAAUGGGAAAAGCAGCUGUCGUGGCUCGCCAGCAACAUCAAUUCCACAAGCGGCCUUGCUGACUUCGGCUUUACCUUCCUCGGUGCUGCCCAGGGAGGGUCCUUGGGCUCUUGUGCCACAGUCGAGACCCUCAAUGCUGCUGCAGACAUCGCCGAAGCAAUUGGCAAGAAAACGUCUCCAAAGUACCGUAAGUUGGCGACUGACUUGGCACGAUCGGUUAACCAGAAACUAUGGAACAAAGCCCUGGGGACCUAUGGUUAUGCUUUGGGAGACCUAAAUACCUCCUCAGUAGCUGGUACUGCUUUCUGCCUCUCAUCCGAUGUUGCGUCAAAGGAACGAGCAGUGUCUGCUGUUGCAGCCCUUGACGAGUUACAGCUUGGCCUGGGGUACAAAGAUCGUUCGACUCUCGAUGAUCACGGUAUCGACACUAAGAUCUCUCCUAACACUAACGGGCUUCUCCUCCAGGCCAUUCUCGCCGGCGAGGACUGGGACAGGGCCGCCAAGCUGAUAUACAACGUCUGGGGUGCGAUGUUGAAAAACCCUGAGACAAGGAGUGGCGCAAGUUGGGAGUAUCUCACGCCUGCCGGUCAGCCAGGCCUGGGUGCUUUCACUAGCCUGGGUCACCCGUGGGGAGGCGCCGCAACCUACAUCCUUACUGAAUGGGUCGCUGGUUUGCGAAGUGCUGAUGGUAUUCAGGGCUUCGGGUACAAGAACUGGGUAGUGAACCCAGAGCUUGGAGCUCACAUGGGUCUUUCUCAUGCGAGUGCAAAGGUUCCUCUAUAUCCAUCAGGAGAACUCGAAGUCAAGUGGUCUAUUAAGUCAAAGAAAAUGACCGUUCAGAUAAAGGCACCUCCUGAGACAAAGGGUGUUUUCCGGAUUGGCAAGACGAAGAAAACGUUGGAAAACGACUCAAGCUAUCAAUUCACCAUUCAAUUGUAGAUGUUUGAUUGUGGCGUUGAUGGGGAUACUAGCCUCCAAAGAUCCUGAGUCUUCUAUUCUAACAUCUAUCCUGGGGAUUCGUCGGCAAGGGGAGGCACGCAUUACAUUAAUAAGACGAUUCUCUUUCGCUGGCCUCGAGUUUCUAGUGGCCAAGAGACAGGUCAGAACCUUGAUAUUAUGGAAGUCAGAAUGAGAACAAUUAUCCAAA